AUGCUCUGGGGAGCAAUCAACCGCAACAGAAAUUCGUCAACUACGGAGACAGAGGAAAAGCAGCGAGUGGAAACUUUCACAAGCUAUAGCGAUCACGGUAACGGCGGCGUUGAUAUAUUUAAGAACUACGUCAAGAAUUCCCAAGAGUCCGAGGUUAAUUUCGAGAAUUAUGCUCACUCGAUUUUCCGGGAUCCGGCCCAAUUCACCAGUUAUGGAGAAAAUUCAACGGGCCAGAAGAUUGGGUUCAAUAGUUAUGUAGUUAAUUACCAUUUCAAAGAGUAUGGCAAAAGCGGCGUCACGUUUAAAACUUACCUGAAUGAAACUUCACCGGCGGCUACUUUGGACAACGUCGGAAGUGAAAAACAGGGACGAAUAAAAUAUGGGGUGAUUUCCUCAAACAUACCAUUUUCGACAAGUAAAAUUACUCAACUCAAGAAAAUAUUUCACGCCGGCGAUGAUUAUAACUCCAUCAUGGCCCAUAUGAUUAGAGAUGCCAUGACAGAAUGCGAGAGAGCUCCCAGCCCAGGGGAGACAAAACGGUGCGUUAGCUCAGGGGAAGACAUGAUUGACUUUGCAACUUCCGUUCUGGAUCGAAAUUUGGUCGUUAGAACAACUGAAAAUACUCAAGGCUCCAAUCGUGAUAUUCUGAUCGGGUCGGUGAAUGGGAUCAAUGGUGGGAGUGUCACCAAGUCGGUUUCUUGUCAUCAGAGCUUGUAUCCUUACUUGCUGUAUUACUGUCAUUCGGUUCCUAAGGUUCGGGUUUAUGAAGCGGAUAUAUUGGAUCCGAAUUCUAAGGUCCGGAUUAACCAUUGGGUGGCUAUAUGUCAUAUGGACACUUCUUCCUGGAGCCCCGGGCAUGGAGCAUUUCUGGCGCUGGGUUCGGGUCCAGGAAAGAUUGAAGUGUGCCAUUGGAAAGAUUGA